GUGUGGGAAUUUGCAUCGCCUUCUUUUCUAUCCUUGGCCAGCGCAGAUGGGGCCUGCCUGGGGGCUGAUUUUGGGGCGGUGGGCGGUGGGCGGUGGGCGGUGGCUUUCGGGUGGUCAGGCAGAGGUCACCCGCGCGUACGCCAGCACAAACGGCGGGAGGGUCGGUGAGAGACGUUUGAGCCGCGAACGGCUGCAGCCUCCAGUCGGCUAUCUUAUCGAGCGACAGAGAAGCGGCAGCACGGAUGCGGCGGGGGAUUGUGGAAUUUUGUUUCAUCGGAAGUGGAAAAUCAAUGUUAGGGAGAACGGGCACUGAGGGCAGGCGAUUGAUGUUCAGGCACACGGGCGCUGGGGGACCGUAUCGCGGGCCGCGGAGCGCGCCGAGGGAGCGCCAAUCUUCAUGAAGGAUGACG